UCGCAAAGCAUAUAGCGCUUAUCGUCAAGUCUUUAACUAUGAUGGCGUAUCCAGCUGCGCCUCAGUCCAUGCUCUCAGUCUGGCUCGAUCGACUCGAUCCGCGCAAUUGGGGGCGUGGUCGCUCAGCAAGUUUGAUCAAUCUCGUUCGCGCGUCGUUCGCGCUAGCCGUGCCUGCUCGUCCGGGAGUCUCUGGCCUUCGAUUCUCAGCUACGCUGGACGACAUCGUCCCUGCCUCCAGAAGCCCGCACCCCUCUCCUACGAACGCCCUUGAUCAGUCGGACUCACCUCGUCCCGCGGCGCCUGGUCCUCCGCUCGUGCUUUUGGCCACUGAGCCAGUUCCUGUGCCCGAAUUCGCGCCCGCGGCUGUCCAGGGGCAGGGAUCGCCUCCAGGCGGGAACUCACAGCCUCAGGCCUCGAACGUUAAUGACCCCAUGGUUCGCCUGUGGGAGGAUGCGGUCAAGGAAUAUCAGGAGAGCGCGGGUGUCAAUUUCUCUGUCGACCCUCUGCCCUUUUGUUCCGCGGCAGACAUUGACGAGUAUGUUCGUGGCCAAGAGGUGCAGUUUAAGGUCUUCCGCGAUGAUGGUCCGCAAUGGCUGCGCGAGCGCCUGCUGCCAGUUGCGACCGUGCUAGCAAACCUUUGCGAUGGCAUUGGAAACUCGCUCGCAUCCGCUUUUCCCCCGGGCCCAGUCAUUUUCUCGGCGAUUGGACUUCUACUCAAGGCGUCAACCGUCGCUCACAACGAGUUUGAAGCGGUCUGUGACGCGUUCGACGAGAUCAAGUCACGAAUCUCCCUCAUCAAUAGCGUGAUCGAAGGGCACACCCUCGUCCGGGAGGCCUCUGUUCAGCUCCUCGUCCAAGUCCUGAAAAUCUUUGGUGCUGUGUCGAAGAUGAGGAAGGCGGGUCGCUUUCGUGUGUGGCUGCAAGGUAUACAAAGCGCAAAGCCGUUAUCGGAGGCUUUGGCGAACUUGGGCAAGCUCGGAACGCGCCAGCACGAGAGGAUCGCCGCUGUGACACUCGAAGUAGUUACAGAACUCGCCUCGAGUCUAGCCUCGGGGCGUGACGAUCGGACUACAGUAUGCUUAUGCAUGGAGCGGGUAGCAAACCUUGCCCAUGAGAUACAAGCGAACGUAGAAGCGGGAAACGCCCAAGCUAUCGAGGAGAUCCACAAGAACAGGGAAAUUGUAAGACUGUCAAAGGAUGCUAUCGUUAGGGCUUCGAGCGAUAUUGUAGCCAUCAAAGAUACUGCGGCUAUUGACAAGAUCCUGGAAUGGCUCCAGUAUCGUGACUCAUCCGAGAAGUUGAGUAGAUUACUGAACGACCGCGUCCCCUCUACCGGAAUGUGGUUCCUCAAUGGUCGCGCAUUCGCUGAUUUCAAGAAGGGCACCGUAACGUCGCUAUUGCUACAUGGAACAGCUGGCUGCGGUAAAAGCACUAUGAUUGCCGCUGCUUUUCAAGAUCUCCAGCAUUAUUGCGGGUCCCACCGUAGGGAUGCUAUCGUGCUCGUCUAUUUCUUCGAUAUCACGAAUCGCGCAGAUCGACAAACAGCGGACUCGCUCAUCUCGUCAUUUCUCUGCCAACUGGCCUUGCGGAGCUCAGACACGGCUACUUUUCUGCUCGCGCACCGUCUCAAAGCAAUGAUGCGCGGGCACACGACUCUGGAAGAAAAGAAAGACCUACUUUCAGGGCUACUUCGCUCGCGACGCUCCCCAAUCUACGUUCUUGUCGAUGCGCUUGACGAAAGCGAUAUGACAAAGAUCCUCCCAAUUCUGCGAUGGUUGCAAAGCCACCAGGCAACUUCGCUCCUGAUAACGGCUCGUGCCCUUGACGGUCGAGCAGCCCUACGCGCCUCCGUAAUCCACAUGGAUGGCGUUCACGACGACGUGUCCAUAUUAAUUGACAACGCUAUGAGGAAGCCUGAUGGUUUACUCGCUGGAGUCGCGGAAUCUACGGGCCUGCGCCGCACUUUACGGCAUGGAGCUGGUGGGAACCUCAGAUGGGUGUCACUCAUCAUUGACGAGCUAGCACCUGUGGCCGAGAGUCCCUCAGACGUCAUCCUUCUUCUCAAGUACCUUCCGCAGUCCCUUGAAGACGUAUAUAUGCAGCGCCUAAACUCCAUCAAACCUCCCCUGCGACGCAAAGUGAAGAUCUUGCUCGCGUGGCUCAUCACUCGCGGGGCGCCCAUGAGUCUGACAGCCUUCGCGCAGCUGCAGGCCUUUAUAUAUCCUGCGGGAUGUGACAUGCCGAUCUACGACAGCUCACUAGUGCCGUCUAUGCAGUCCGCGGGAAGGGCGGUCGACUCAAUGUUUAUCACCGUAAACACUGGCAGCAAUCUCGUCUCCGUCGCACACGCGUCCGUGCAACAGUUCUUUCAGAAUUUACCACCAGCGUCGCCAUUUUACAUCAGGCAGGCUGAUCACGCACUCAUGGCUCGCAUGUGCCUUGCGUAUGUCGCUGCCUGCGCCAAGCUUGCCGAGCGAGAACAACCCGCCGUCACGCUUACUGAUGUGCUCAAAGGCAAGCUUCCGAGCCUUGGUAUCACAAUUGGGUCGCCAGCAUCGAGCGGGCAGGAGAUGACCACUAUCGCUCUCUCGAGCAAGACGUAAUUCACACAUUCGACGGACUGAGACGUCACCGACAAGUGGUGGAUUGUCUUACUGCCAAUACACGCCGCGCGUGCCUCCGAGGGAACGAACGCC